AUGGUGUUAAAUUUGAGUUCAUGGACAUUUUCAUCUUUAUCAAAUGUUAUUUUACCAAUUGAAUUACAAACGACAUUCAAUAGUUUCGACGAUUUUUAUUCUCAUCGUCAUAGUGAUAGAAAACUAACUUGGCUCCAUCAAUAUUCAAUAGGUGAAUUACAAACAAAUUUUACUAAUAAAAAAUAUAUAUUACACGUAACAACAUAUCAAAUUAUUGUCUUAUUAUUAUGUAGGGAAGAAUUAAAUUGGACUGUUGAAGAAAUACAGGAUAAAACACAAAUUCCAUCUAAAUUAUUACUUCAAAUUCUUUCUAGUUUAUUAAUUAAUGCCAAAGUAAUAAGUGAAGGAUUUAUUAAAAAUAAUUUAACAGUUCGAGAGUCAGUUAUAUUUCAUAUAUCAACAUUUAAUAUUCACGAUGAUUUUGAAAAAAAAUUAAUACAUAGUGAAAGUCGAAUUGUUAUUUUAUGGGUUCAAUCCAAUUAUAUACCUUUAAUAUUAGAAGAUGCUCUUAAGUUUGAUCUAGUUGGUCCUGAAUUCAUAUGGAUAUUAAGUUCAAGUAUUUCAUUAGAUUCCUUUAAUAAAAAAUAUCAUGAAAACUUAAUUGGACUGUUAACUAUUGAACCAGUUGCAACAAUUACUCUAAAUGCUCCAUUAAAUACAGCAUUAUUAAAUGCAGCAUAUGAUAUAUGGCAAAAAUAUGAAUCAGAAUCAUUUCCUGGAUCAUCAAAAGUACAUUCUUUUGCAUUAUUUGCAUUUGAUGCAAUAUGA